GACAACGGUGACAAUGGGGACAACAGUGACAACGGUAAAAACAGUGACAACAGUGACAACAGUACAAUAGUGACAACACUCAUAACAGCGAAAAUCAUAAAAGCAAUGACAACGGUGACAUCAGUGACAACAGUGACAACGGUGACAAAAGUGACAACGGUGACAACAGCGACAACGGUAACAACGGUAAGUACAGUGACAACGGUGACAACAGUGACAAGUGACAAUGUUGACAACAGCGAAACCGGUGACUACAGUGACAAUGGUGACAAGGAUGAAAACAGUGACAACAGCGACAAUGGUGACAAGAGUGACAACGGUGACAACAGUGACAACAGUACAACAGUGACAACGGUCAAAACAGCGAAAACCAUAAAAACAAUAACGGUGACAUCAGUGACAUCAGUGACAACGGUGACAAUGGUGACAACAGUGACAACGCUGACAACACUGACAACGGUGACAAUGGUGACAACAGUGACUACGGUGACAACGGUGACAUCAGUGAGAACAGUGACAAUGGUGACAACAGUCACAACAGUGAGAAUGGUGCCAACGGUGACAACUGUGACUACAGUGACAACGGUGAUAACAGUGAGAACUGAGACAACUGUGAGAAUGGUAACAACGGUGAAAACAGUGCCAACAGUGACAACGGUGACAACGAUUACAACACCGACAAUUUUGAUAACAGUGACCACAGCGACAACAGUGACAACGGUGACAACGGUGACAACUGUGACAACAGUGACAAGAGUGACAACAGUGACAAUGGUUACAACGGUGACAACGGCGACAACAGUGAUAACGGUAACAACAGUGAAUAAAGUUACAACGAUGAUAACAGUGACAAUGGAGACAACAGUGACAACGAUGACAUUAGCGAAAACGGUGACAACAGUGACAACGAUGACAACGGUGACAAUGGGGACAACAGUGACAACGGUGAAAACAGUGAAAACAUUGACAACAGUACAACAGUGACAACAGUCACAACAGCGAAAACAAUAAAAAGAAUGACAACGGUGACAUGAGUGAAAACGGUGAAAAUAAGGACAAUGGUGAGAAAAGUGACAACGGUGACAAAAGUGACAACGGUAACAACGGUAAGCACAGUGACAAGGGUGAUAACAGUUACAACAGUGACAACGGUCACAACACCGACAAUGGUGACUACAGUUACAAUGGUGACAAUGGUGACAACAGUGAAGACGGUGACAAAACUGACAAUGGUGACAACAGUGACAACAGCAACAACGGUGACAACAGUGACAACGGUUGCAACAGUGACAACGGUAACAACAGAAACUACAGUGACAACGGUGAUAACAGUGACAACGGAGACAACAGUGUCAACGGUGACAACAGAAACAACACUGACAACGGUGACAACGGUGACUACAGUGACAAUGCUGAGAACACUAACAAUGGUGACACAGUGACAACGGGGACAACAGUGACAAUGGUGACAAUGGUGACAAUGGUGACAACAGUGACACUGGUGACACCAGGGACAAAGGUCACAAGAGUAACAUUGAUGACAACACCGAGAUGGUGACAAGAGUUACAACAGCGAUGACGGUGAACAACGGUGACAACAGUGACAACGGUGACAAAGGUGAUAACAGUGACAACGGUGACUGCAGUGACAAUAGCGACAACGCCGACAACGGUGACAACAUUGACAACAGUGAGAACGGUAAGAAUGGUAAUAACGGUGAAAACAGUGACAACAGUGACAACGGUGACAACGAUGACAACACCGAGAAUAGUGACAACAGUGAGCAGAGCGACAACAGUGACAACGGUGAAAACGGUGACAACAGUGACAACAGUGACAAUGAUGACAACGGUGACAACGGUGACAACAGUGACAACAGUGACAACGGUAACAACGGUGACUACAGUGACAACGGUGAUAAUAGUGACAACGGAGACAACAGUGACAACGGUGACAACGGUGACAACAGUCACCACGGAGACAACGGUGACUACGGUGACAACAGUGAAAAUGGUGACAACCGUGACAACGGUAACAAUGGAAACUACAGUGACAACGGUGAUAACAGUGACAACGGAGACAACAGUGACAACAGUGACAACAGCAACAACACUGACAACGGUGACAACGGUGACAACAGUGACAACAGUGACAAUGCUGAGAACACUAACAAUGGUGACAACAGUGACAACGGUGAUAACAGUAACAACAGUGAUAAUGGUGACGAUGGUGAGAAUUGUGACACAAAGACAACGGUGACAACAGUGACAAUGGUGACAAUGAUGACAACAGUGACACUGGUGACAAUGGUGACAACAGUGACAACAGUGACAACGGUGACAACAGUGACAACAGUGACAACAGUGAAAAUGGUGACAACAGUGACAAUGGUGACAAUAGUGACAACAGUG